AUGCACGGCACAUCCACCGGUCCCCAGACCGGUAUCAAUACCCCCCGCUCUUCUCAGUCGUUGCGUCCCCUCAUCCUCUCGCAUGGCUCUCUCGAAUUUUCUUUCCUCGUCCCCACCUCGCUUCACUUCCACGCCUCGCAAUUGAAAGACGGCUUCGCCACAUCAUUACCCGAGCCCACAGACGAAUUGGCCCUGGAUGAUGAGCCCUCCUCAGUCGCCGAGCUGGUGGCCCGCUACAUUGGCCAUGUGGCACGCGAAGUCGAGGAAGGAGAGGAUGAUACCCAGGGUAGCUACCUCGAGGUGCUCAAGCUCGUCUUGAACGAGUUUGAGCGCGCCUUCAUGCGCGGUAAUGACGUGCACGCUGUCGCCGCCGCCCUGCCGGGCAUUGUCGCCAAGAAGAACCAGGUUGUCGAGGCCUACUACGCCGGGCGAGCCGCCGCGGGCCGGCCGACCAAGCCCUACGACUCGGCCUUGUUCCGUGCCGCGUCCGAGGAAAGCGCCGGUAUCUACACCGUUUUUGGUGGCCAGGGUAACAUCGAGGAGUACUUCGACGAACUGCGCGCCGUCUAUACCACCUACCCCUCCUUCGUCGAGGACCUGAUUGUUUCCUCCGCGGAGCUCCUGCAAACGCUCUCCCGCGAGCCCGAGGCGAGCAAGCAGUACCCCAAGGGUCUAGAUAUCAUCCGCUGGCUUCAAGACCGUGAUGCCCAGCCCGACACUGACUACCUCGUGUCGGCUCCCGUUAGUCUGCCGCUGAUCGGUUUGGUUCAACUCGCUCACUACACCGUCACCUGCAAGGUUCUGGGCCGUCAGCCUGGCGAUUUGCUGGAGCGCAUUAAGGGUACCACUGGUCACUCGCAGGGUGUUGUGACCGCGGCCGCUAUUGCUACGGCCACAAGCUGGGAUUCCUUCGCCGAGGCUGCCCGCAAUGCCUUGACCAUGCUCUUCUGGAUUGGUCUGCGCAGUCAGCAAGCGUACCCCCGCACUUCCAUUGCCCCUUCUGUCCUGCAGGACUCGAUCGAGAAUGGCGAGGGUACCCCAACCCCCAUGCUCUCUAUCCGCGAUCUCUCCCGGUCUGCGGUUCAGGAACACAUUGAUGCCACCAAUCAGCACUUGCCCCAGGAUCGCCACAUUGCCAUCUCCCUGGUCAACAGCGCUCGCAACUUUGUUGUGACCGGUCCUCCCAUAUCCCUCUACGGUCUGAACCUGCGCCUGCGCAAGGUCAAGGCCCCCACCGGUCUGGAUCAGAACCGUGUUCCCUUCACCGAGCGUAAGGUUCGCUUCGUCAACCGCUUCCUCCCUAUCACCGCUCCUUUCCACAGCCAGUACCUCACCUCUGCCUAUGAACGGAUUCUUGAGGACCUGGAGGAUGUUGAUAUCCCUGCCAAGUCCCUCGAGAUUCCUGUCUUCCACACCAAGACCGGUGAGGAUCUACGCCAGCUUGGUGACAAGAGUGCUGUGCCUUCUCUGGUUCGCAUGAUUACCCACGAUGCCGUCAACUGGGAACAGGCCACCGUCUUCUCCGGUGCUACUCACAUUGUCGACUUCGGUCCCGGUGGCAUUUCGGGUCUGGGUGUUCUGACCAACCGCAACAAGGAUGGUACCGGCGUUCGUGUCGUUCUGGCCGGUGAGAUGGAUGGCACCAAUGCCGAGGUUGGCUACAAGCCCGAACUGUUUGACCGUGAUGAACACUCGGUCAAGUACGCUUCCGACUGGGUUAAGGAGCAUGGUCCGCGUCUGGUGCAGACCUCCACUGGCCAGACCUACGUGGACACCAAGAUGAGUCGUCUGCUGGGUAUUCCCCCUGUCAUGGUUGCCGGUAUGACCCCCACCACUGUCCCCUGGGACUUUGUGGCUGCUACUAUGAAUGCCGGUUACCACGUCGAAUUGGCCGGUGGUGGUUACUACAAUGCGAAGACUAUGACUGCCGCUAUCAACAAGAUUGAGAAGGCGAUCCCCCCGGGCCGUGGUAUCACUGUCAACCUGAUCUACGUUAACCCCCGUGCUAUGGCCUGGCAGAUUCCUCUCAUCGGCCGCCUACGCGCGGAUGGUGUCCCUAUUGAGGGUCUGACCAUUGGUGCCGGUGUUCCCUCCAUUGAAGUCGCCAACGAGUACAUUGAGACUUUGGGCAUCAAGCACAUCGCUUUCAAGCCCGGCUCUGUUGAUGCGAUCCAGCAGGUCAUCAACAUCGCCAAAGCCAACCCCAAGUUCCCCAUCAUCCUCCAGUGGACCGGAGGUCGUGGUGGUGGCCACCAUUCCUUCGAGGACUUCCACCAGCCCGUGCUGCAGAUGUAUAGCCGUAUCCGCAAGCAGGACAACAUUGUCCUUGUUGCCGGCAGUGGUUUCGGUGGCUCCGAGGAUACCUAUCCCUACCUGUCUGGUAACUGGUCGGCCAAGUUCGGCUACCCUCCCAUGCCUUUCGACGGCUGUCUUUUCGGUAGCCGUAUGAUGAUCUCCAAGGAGGCUCACACUUCCCACAAUGCGAAGAAGGCGAUCGCAGACGCUCCCGGUGUCGACGAUGAGGAAUGGGAGAAGACCUACAAGGGCGCCGCUGGUGGUGUCAUCACUGUUCUCUCCGAGAUGGGUGAGCCCAUUCACAAGCUGGCUACCCGCGGUGUCUUGUUCUGGCAGGAGAUGGACCAGAAGAUCUUCAAGUUGGACAAGGCCAAGCGUGUUCCGGAGCUGAAGAAGCAGCGUAACUACAUCAUCAAGAAGCUCAACGACGACUUCCAGAAGGUGUGGUUCGGCCGCAACGCUGCUGGCGAGACUGUCGACCUGGAGGACAUGACCUACACCGAGGUCGUUCACCGCAUGGUCGAACUCAUGUAUGUUACCCAUGAGUCUCGCUGGAUCGACGACUCGCUGAAGCGUCUCACCGGUGACUUCCUUCGUCGCGUCGAGGAGCGUUUCACCACCGCCAAUGGUCAAGCUUCGCUCCUGCAGAGCUACUCCGAGCUUGACACUCCGUAUCCCACCGUUGACAACAUUCUUGCCGCAUACCCAGAGGCUGCUACUCAGCUGAUCAACGCUCAGGAUGUCCAGCACUUCAUCCUUCUCUGCCAGCGCCGAGGCCAGAAGCCUGUUCCCUUCGUCCCCGUUCUGGAUGAGACUUUUGAGUACUUCUUUAAGAAGGACUCCCUGUGGCAGAGUGAGGACCUGGAGGCCGUUGUUGGUCAGGAUGUCGGCCGUACUUGUAUUCUGCAGGGACCUAUGGCCGUGCGUUUCUCCAACAGCAUGGAUGAGUCUGUUCAGGACAUCCUAGACGGUGUUCACAAGGGUCACAUCGCUGGCCUGCUUCGCGACAUCUACGGCGGUGACAAGUCGAAGAUCCCUGUCAUUGAAUACUUCGGUGGUCAGCUCGCCAGUCCCGAGGAUGAGCCCGAGCUGGAUGGUCUCACCAUUUCGGAGGAGCCUAAUAAGGUCAGCUUCCGUCUGUCUUCCUCUCCCUCUGCUGUUCUGCCCGAUUCGGAUCAGUGGCUGCGUCUGCUGGCCGGCGACUCCUACUCCUGGCGCCACGCCCUCUUCCAGGCCGAUGUCUACGUUCAGGGCCACCGUUUCCAGACCAACCCCAUGAAGCGCAUCGUCGCCCCCACCGGUGGUCUGUAUGUCGAGAUCACCAACCCUACUGAUCCAGCCAAGACCGUCAUCAGCGUCCGUGAGCCCUACCAGUCUGGCAAGCUUGUCAAGACCGUCGAGGCCAAGAUGAACGAGAACGGCCAGGUCAGCCUGACCCUGUUUGAGGGUCGCACCGCCGAGAAUGGCGUUGUUCCGCUGACUUUCCUGUUCACUUACCACCCGGAGACUGGCUACGCCCCGAUCCGUGAGGUCAUGGGUGACCGCAACGACCGCAUCAAGGAGUUUUACUACCGUAUCUGGUUCGGCAACAAGGAUGUGCCCUUCGACACCCCUACCACAGCCACUUUCAGCGGUGGCCAGGAGACCAUCACGUCACAGGCUGUCGCCGACUUCGUCCACGCUGUCGGCAAUACCGGUGAAGCCUUCGUUGACCGACCCGGUAAGGAGGUCUUCGCUCCUAUGGAUUUCGCCAUCGUUGCUGGCUGGAAGGCCAUCACCAAGCCCAUCUUCCCCCGCACCAUUGACGGUGAUCUGCUGAAGCUGGUUCAUCUGUCCAAUGGCUUCAAGAUGGUGCCCGGUGCCCAGCCCCUAAAGGUUGGUGAUGUUCUCGACACCACAGCCCAGAUCAACGCUGUCAUCAACAACGAGUCUGGUAAGAUGGUUGAGGUUUGCGGUACCAUCAAGCGUGAGGGCAAGCCCAUUAUGCACGUCACCAGUCAGUUCUUGUACCGCGGUGCCUACACCGACUUCGAGAACACAUUCCAGCGCAAGGAUGAGGUGCCUAUGCAGGUUCAUCUGGCUACCAGCCGUGACGUCGCAAUUCUCCGCUCCAAGGAGUGGUUCCGCGUCGAUGAGAGUGAUAUCGAGCUUCUGGGCCAGACCCUUACUUUCCGUCUCCAGAGUCUGAUCCGCUUCAGAAACAACACCGUCUUCAGCAACGUCCAGACUAUUGGUCAGGUUCUUCUGGAGCUGCCCACCAAGGAGGUCAUCCAGGUAGCUUCCGUCGACUAUGAGGCCGGCGCUUCUCACGGUAACCCCGUAAUCGAUUACCUGCAGCGCAACGGUAACUCCAUUGAGCAGCCCAUCCACUUUGAGAACCCCAUCCCGCUCAGCGGCAAGACUGCUCUUGAGCUGCGUGCCCCGGCCUCCAAUGAGACCUACGCUCGUGUCUCCGGUGAUUACAACCCCAUCCACGUGUCGCGUGUCUUCUCGAGCUACGCCAAUCUCCCGGGUACCAUUACCCACGGUAUGUACAGCAGUGCCGCCGUUCGCAGUCUAGUUGAGACCUGGGCUGCUGAGAACAACAUCGGCCGUGUGCGUGGUUUCCACGUUUCACUGGUUGGUAUGGUGCUCCCCAACGACAUGAUUACCGUCAAGCUUCAGCACGUUGGUAUGAUUGCUGGGCGCAAGCUCAUCAAGGUUGAGGCCUUCAACAAGGAGUCCGAAGAGAAGGUUCUUGAUGGUGAGGCCGAGGUUGAGCAGCCGGUGACUUCCUACGUCUUCACAGGUCAGGGUUCUCAGGAGCAGGGCAUGGGUAUGGAACUCUAUGCCAACAGCCCUGUUGCCAAGGAGGUCUGGGACCGGGCUGACCGUCACUUCAUCGAGAACUACGGUCUCUCCAUCAUCGACAUUGUCAAGAACAACCCCAAGGAACUCACUGUCUACUUUGGUGGUCCCCGUGGUAAGGCUAUCCGCCAGAACUACAUGUCGAUGACUUUUGAGUCCGUCAACGCCGAUGGCUCUAUCAAGUCGGAGAAGAUAUUCAAGGAGGUUGACGAGACUACCGCUUCGUAUACCUACCGUUCUCCCACUGGUCUGCUGUCUGCCACCCAAUUCACCCAGCCUGCUCUUACUCUGAUGGAGAAGGCCAGUUUCGAGGACAUGCGCUCCAAGGGUCUGGUUCAGCGUGACAGUAGCUUUGCUGGUCACUCUUUGGGUGAAUACUCGGCUCUGGCUGCCCUGGCCGAUGUCAUGCCCAUCGAAAGCUUGGUCUCGGUCGUGUUCUAUCGUGGUCUAACUAUGCAAGUCGCCGUCGAGCGUGACGAGCAGGGUCGCUCCAACUACUCCAUGUGUGCCGUCAACCCCAGCCGUAUCUCCAAGACCUUCAACGAGCAGGCUCUGCAGUACGUUGUGGAGAACAUCUCUGAGCAGACUGGCUGGCUUCUGGAGAUUGUCAACUACAAUGUUGCCAACAUGCAGUACGUUGCUGCUGGUGAUCUCCGCGCCCUGGACUGCCUCACCAACCUGCUCAACUUCCUGAAGGCUCAGAACAUCGACAUCCCCGCACUGAUGCAAAGCAUGUCUCUGGAAGAUGUGAAGGAGCACCUGGUCAGCAUCAUCCAGGAAUGCGUCAAGCAAACCGAAGCCAAGCCCCGUCCCAUCAACCUGGAGCGUGGUUUCGCUACCAUUCCUUUGAAGGGCAUUGACGUCCCCUUCCACAGUACCUUCCUGCGCUCUGGCGUCAAGCCCUUCCGAUCUUUCUUGCUCAAGAAGAUCAACAAGACCACCAUCGACCCCAGCAAGCUGGUUGGCAAGUACAUUCCCAACGUUACUGCUCGUCCUUUCGAGAUUACGAAGGAGUACUUUGAGGAUGUUUACCGUCUCACCAACUCGCCCCGUAUCGCUUCUAUCCUGGCGAACUGGGAGAAGUACGAGGAAGGUACCGAGUCUGCUGCCAAGGCCUAA